GUUGUGUUGGCGACCCUUUAGAACAAAGAAACAAGUUUACCAUAAAAAUUUAAUAUUAUGAAAACGUCGCGGGAUUUUUUGCUUACGCGACUUUAAUUUCUGGCAUUUUUCAUAAUUCGCGAGGCAGUCGAGAAAUUUAUGUCGCGUGAAAUAAUAUGAAAAACAAUGAAAAUGCGAAAUAAGCGUGGCGAUAGUGAACCAUGGAGACCGUGCCAAGAAAAUAACAAACAGUUACUGAGCGAAAUGCCGACGAAAAAGAAAGGAAAGACAAAGAAACGUGCGAAGAAAUCUAAAGAGGAGGUUGCUAAAGAAAAGCUUGAGAAAUCGGCAGAGGCAUUCGAAGCAACAGAAGAACUACAUCGUUCAUUUGUCAAUCGCGUUGACGAAUGGAUGUUACGUAAUUAUGCUCGGGCCGUCGACUUGUUCCGACGGUUCGAUCUCAAUGGUGAUGGCUGCCUAACAUACGAGGAAUUUUAUGCCGGUAUGCGAGAUCUGGAAGCACCGUGUAACAAAGUUGAGCUAUAUCUUCUGGCAAAGAAAUUGGAUGAAGACGGUAAUGGUUUAAUCGAUUACUUGGAGUUUUCCUCCGGUAUGAAGUAUUAUCGUAAACAUGAGGUCGUUUCUAACGAUGAUCUUCCGAACUUGGUUAUUUCACGCGAGAAACUCGAAUCCUGCCCUUGCUGUAAUCUGGGUUUGUGGGAACCACGCAAAGUCGCCUAUCCAAGGUUCAUCCAACUCAGUUUAAGACUGCUAACAUUUGCGAACGUGAAAAAUUAUCCUGGGAAUUUUCAAAUACUCGUUCAUGCUCAUACCACUGUGUAUUCAUUGAUGGAGUUGAUCAACCAAAGGUUGGGCGAGACGACCCAAAAACUUACUGUGUACAGAAACGAUUCUGGAGAAACCAUGAUCCCGCUUGAUCCCCAUCAUACCCUACAGGACACUGGAUACCAAGGGGGACCGAAAAACGCCCCACAAGAAGUGGAACUAAUGUAUGAUUUUACGACUGAAUUUAAAGACUGUCCUAUUUUGAAUACGGACCAUUACUUUAUGUAAUUUUUUUCACAAGGUACAUACAAUAAUAGAAAAUCUUACUAUAUAUUUGUUUACUGUUUAGUUGAACUACAAUUGUAGGAUAAAGUCAUGUAUCGUCGCCAAUAUACUCCCAAAAUGACAUAUGAGAUAAAAUUUCGAUGUUUUACUUUGCUAGAUUUUGCUCGAACUUGUCAGGUUCCAUUGCUUCCUCUUCAUCUUGGAUGGAAGGGCUUAGACAAUUUGUCUUCAGUUUAUCCGCUAGACGAUUUACAUAAUGAUGGCAGUUGUUGGUGAUGAGCCUAUAUCGUGAGUAUUUCGCUUCAUAUUGCGAAUUCCAAACCUCUAUCUCAUCCAGUGAGCAUCGACUCCGACCUUUCUUUUCGUAAUUCCAUUUCAAUUUGCAAGAUGAAGAUGGCCGUCCCAUCUCCGGCCAUUUGUAUUUUUCGCUGCCCCAUUCGAAAACUUUUCCUCGGAAUAAAAGCACGCUGUGUGUUAGUCGGAAUGUCUUCACGAUAUCACGCUUUUUUAGACCUGGCCAGAGUGAUAAUGAGCCAUAAAAGUAGUCAUUAUAGUCGGCUGAAAAACAUAGAAAGAUGUCGAUUUGUUUUGAUUGAAAGAAAAAAAGACCAAGAAUAGUUUUUACAAUAUUUGAAAUGUGACCAAAACAACGUUUGUCAGUUUAGAUAGCGAUGAAUGAAGAACAGAGAACAAAAACAGUCUUUAUAAUACACACCUACAAUAUAAGCUAAGAUAACGUGUGUCAGUGUAGGUAGAGAUGAAUGAAGAACAGAACGAGAACAGUCUUUAUAAUACCUAAAAUAUUAACUGAGAUAACGUGUCAGUUUAGGUAGUGAUGAAUGAAAAACAGAGAACGAUAACAGAAUUUACACCACUUAAAAUAUAAACUAAGAUAACCUGUAUGAA